GUGGCUGUGGGGAGGGAGUGUUUCAACUGCCUGUCCUCCCCACCCCCGUUUCCUGACCCAAAUCCUCCCAGCCCCACGGCUGUGGCUGUGGAGGAGAAGGCUCCUGAGCUGGAGGGCUGAUCACGAGGGGAUUGGGGCUCGGAGCAGAGAAUGCAGUUUGGAAAGGGAAGGUAUUUAGCGAGCUUCCCGCCCUGUUGGGAAAAACGAGGCUUCUGGCGAGUUGCUGGGAGGGAAAUUCAAGGCUGGUGCUCCCUCCAAAGCAGCAUGGAGUACCCUCUCCAUGGACCGGCUGCCCCCCCAUGCCUGCCCAGCCCCACUCAGCAGCCCUCAGACGAGCAAGGCCAGUGCAAGGCCUCCUGUGACCACUGACCUGCCCAGCCUGCCUCCUUCCCUGCCGUCCCCAUCCGGAGUGUGGCCCUUCCAGAUGGAGAGGAUGAGCUGGCUGAGCAAGCUGAAUCCCCGGGCUCCAGGGGGACACCGGGCGAGCCGUGGGGCCAGUCUGCAGAGCCCCAUGGUGGCAGACCCUGAAACCUGUCUGAUGGUCUUCAAGAAUCACUGGGUCCAGGUGCUGAGGAUCCUGGAGAAGCAGCGGGGGCCCUGGACGGCCCCAGGGGCAGCGGACGACCUCAGCGCCGUGCGCAACAACACCUACCAGAUGAUGACGCUGCUGGCGGAGGAGCGGCCCCGGGGGGCGGAGACGGCCAUGGGGCCCAUCCUGGAGUUUGUGGUGUCAGAGAGCGUGCUGGAGCGCUUGCUGGGCUGGCACCUGCAGUGGGACGUCCCCGAGGAGCGCAAGGUGGAGCUGCUGAAGCUCUACGAGGUGCUCAUCAGCCAGGCGCGGCAGCCCCUCCUGCGGCACAAGCCGGUCCUGACCCCCCUGCUGCGCCUGCUGGGCCUGUGCCCCGGGCCGGCCUCCCCGCUCCUGGAGAGCAACCUGGUGCUGCUCCUCAACCAGCUCUGUGUCUCGGUCGCCCGGGAGCCCCCGCUGCUGGAGCUCUUCUUCCACAGCCCCACGGAGCAGGGCCCCGCCAACCUCAUCAUCUUCUCCCUGCUCAUCCCCUUCAUCCACCACGAGGGGGUGGUGGGCCAGCAGGCGAGGGACGCCCUCCUCCUCCUCAUGGCGAUGUCUGCCGGCAACUGCACCGUCGCCCAGUACAUCACCGAGAACUCCUACUUCUGCCCGGUGCUGGCUACUGGCCUGAGUGCCCUCUACUCCUCCCUGCCCCGCAAGCUUGAGGUCCGGGGGGACGACUGGCACUUCCUCCGGCGGGAGGACUGGAUUGGGGUCCCCUCACUCGUCCUCUUCAUGAACUCCUUGGAGUUCUGCAACGCUGUCAUUCAGGUGGCCCAUCCGCUGGUGCAGAAGCAGCUGGUGGAUUACAUCCACAAUGGGUUCCUGGUGCCUGUCCUGGGCCCGGCCUUGCACAAGACCUCCAUUGAAGAAAUGAUUGCCAGCACUGCCUACCUGGACCUCUUCCUGCGCAGCGUCAGCGAGACGGCCCUACUCAAGACCUUCCUGCGCUUCCUCUUGCUCCACCACCAUGACAACAGCACGAUCCUCGACACGCUGGUGUCGCGCAUCGCCAGCAACUCCCGUCUGUGCACGGUCUCCCUCAGCCUGUUCCGGACGCUGCUCGGCCUCCACUGCGAAGACGUCUUGCUGCAACUCGUGCUCCGAUACCUGAUCCCCUGCAGCCACGUCAUGCUGAGCCAGAAGAGGGCGGUGAAGGAAGUGGACCUCUAUGGCAAGGCAGCCAGCAAGUUCCUCUCCCUCAUCCCCCACUGCUGCCGCCCAGAGAGCCUGCUGCCCCCUGAGCGCGAAGAGGAGCAUGCCACCUGGUCCAAGGGCCACGGCAGCCCCAGCGUGGACUCCUCCUCCGUCGUGACGGUCCCCAAGCCCUCCACGCCGUCUCGCAUCUCUUUCUUCAUGCGACAGUCGACCUUCAGCCCAGAGGCCUCCAGUCCCACGCACCGCUCCCCGGGGACGCCCACCGCGAGCCCCUCCCACUGUCCUGGCAGGUGGGAGGAGGUCUGUGAGCUGGAAGGGAACUACCUGGAAUACUUGCGGGAUGCGCGACUCCACAUCGACCGCUGCGUGUGGGCCUGCCGUGUCUGGUCAGCCCUGUACGAUGGGGAGGAGCCCAGUGCCAGCAGCCUGGCUCCACCCCCAGACUCGUCUUUGCCGGUCCACCACGACUACUUCGGCUAUACCUCCUUCCACCCGACUGGGCAUCCUGGCCCCACACCUGCCUCCCCCCGGACUAAGAAGCGGGGCCUGCCAGAGGAGGGGGCAAGCCCCAAAGGGGCCCUGGUUAGUAUGGAACCCAGUGCCCCCACAUCUCCCAGUACCAAGGACUCGAGUGCCCUGCUCGAUGGGGCCCACGGCAUCAAGAAGGUCCGCUGGUGCCCACAAGGGGGAGGCGUGGUGGAGAAUGGCUCUGCCUCCAUCCCCAGCACUGAACCACCCGGGCCAGCCUGGGAGCCGUCGCCCUGCCCGGAUUCCCUGUUGGACGAGCUGCUGAGCCAGGCACCGGUGGAGAACGGGGCCACCUUGACCAUUGAGAAGUUCACAGUGGAACUGAGCCGGCUUGAAGACGAGAUGGAAAACGGGGGCCGAGCAGAGGAACCGUCCUCGCUGGGCCUCCCUCCCGAUCCCCUUGCGCACCGGGAGGAGGAGGAGGAGGAGGCCUACUGUUUCUCCUCCCACCCCAAUAGCAGCACGGGGCAACCCAGGCCGGCUGACUCCCUGGCCCAGAUCAUCAGUAGCCCCCCACGGAUUCUUGGGCAGCCCCCCAGCCAGCCUUUCACAGGGCCGUUUGUGGCAGUCCUCUUGGGCAAGCUAGAGAACAUGCUGCAGAACUCCCUCUACGUCAACUUCCUGCUGACGGGGCUCAUCUCCCAGCUGGCCUCCUACCCGCAGCCACUCCUGCGCUCUUUCCUGCUGAACACCAACAUGGUCUUCCAGCCCAGCGUCAAAUCCCUCAUCCAGGUCCUGGGCUCAGUGAAGAACAAGAUUGAGAACUUUGCUGCCAGCCAGGAGGACUUUCCGUCCCUCCUCUUCAAAGCCAAGAAGUACCUGAUUGCCCGUGGCAAGUUGGACUGGUCAGACGCCCAGAACGCCGUGCCAUCCCUGCGCCGCUCAGAGACCCUUGUCAAGAGCCGGAAGCCGUCCAUCGGGGAGCUGAUCAUGCGCCACACCAACAGCCCCACGCGGGCACGCCAGGCAGCCCAGCUGGCCCUGCAGCACAUGCGCGAGGGGCAAGUCAUGCACGCCCUGGCGGGGGCCUCCCUCUUCCGCACCUCGGCUGAGAAACAGAACGAGGCGCUGCGUGUGAAGAAUGCUGUCUACUGCGCCGUCAUCUUCAGCGAGUUCCUCAAGGAGCUGGCCGCCAUUGCGCAGGCGCACGCCGUCACCUCGCCUUUCCUGCUGGAACCCCCUGAGGAGUGACCGGGCAGUGCCCCAACUGCCCCACCCUUCAGCACUGCUGGUGUGGGGCACAUAACUGGAAUCUCCCCUCCCGGCUCCCCCCUCCCAGCUUAGCUCUUGCUAGGCCUGCACUAAUCAGGGAGGGGUGGCACCCUCUGGGGUUGGGAAUGCAUCUUUUUAAAACUCCGUACCAGGACAAGGACCUUUUUAAUUUAUUGGGAAUGAAUGUUUUUCUGGAGAAUUCGUUGCAAUAUGUAUAAAAGAAGUUCUCUCUCUC